GCAAAUGAUGGUUUCCUCUGAACUUUGGGCGUGUGCUCUGAGAACUUGUUAAAUAGCUCUCCCGGAGCUCUGCGAAUUAAAGUGCCUAUUGUUACAGAGACACUGAGAUACCUUCUGGAAUAUUCCUAGCGUUUUUUUCCCAGAAAGAGAAUUCCCUUACCAGUAUCAUGUCCCAGGUCAGUAUUCGUGUGGGCGGUGAGUGGGUGGUGAAGAUGUGUGGCGACGGGAACCAAACCCUACGGAAAUUGGGACAGAGUUGCGCUCAUCCCUCUAAAACCAAGGGUGGCGCUGAUCAGCCCAGUUUCUGGGUCAGGAGGUGUGCUGAUGGUGCACUGCUGGAUCUGGACAAGCCAAUCGGAAAAGUGCUACGCAACAAUGACUUCGUUGACCUUGUGAUGGACGGGGACUGCUGGUCACCACCAAUUGGUCCCGUGUUUGCUUGUGGGCAAACAGAAUGGAAGGAACCAACAGAGUACAUUGCCCUGGAUGGGGAAAGCCUGACCACGUGCGACCUGGUCCGAUUGGGAAAAGGCCUUCUCAAGAUUAAGCUCACAGAGAAGGCUAUAAAGAAAGUCAACGAUGCCAGGGAUGUCAUUGAGUUAAUCAUCAAGGAGAACCGAGUCGUCUAUGGAAUAAACACUGGCUUUGGGAGGUUUGCUCAGACCGCCAUCUCAAAUAAUCAACUCAAGGAACUUCAGGAUAACCUGAUCCGUUCUCACAGUGCUGGUGUGGGUAACCCUCUGAGUCCUGAAAGAACCCGCAUGCUCCUCGCUGUCAGGAUCAACGUACUGGCUAAAGGAUUCAGCGGCGUUUCCAUGGAAACUCUCCAGGCCACAGUAGCGGCCUUCAAUGCAUCCUGCCUGUCGUGGGUGCCUGAGCAGGGUACCGUGGGGGCGUGUGGAGACCUGGCUCCUCUUGCCCACCUGGCACAGGGGCUGAUGGGAGAAGGGCUCAUGUGGUCUCCACAGAGCGGCUGGGCCGACGCCACAGCGGUGUUGCAAGGCCACGGUCUGACUCCCAUCACCCUGAAGGCUAAAGAGGGCCUCGCUCUGAUCAAUGGGGCCCAGAUGAUCUCGUCUCUGGGUUCGGAGGCCUUGGAGAGAGCUCAGGCCAUCGCCCGCCAAGCUGACAUCAUCGCAGCUCUCACCCUCGAGUCGCUCAAAGGGACUCCCAAAGCUUUUGACAAGGAUAUCCAUGCUUCGAAGCCUCAGCCAGGUCAGAUUGAGGUGGCCUUCCGCAUGCGCUCUGUGCUGCCCUCUGACCUCUACUCCUCUGAGAUCACAGGGGGGUCAUAUGACCGGGUCCAGGAUGCAUACACACUACGCUGCUGUCCUCAGGUGCAUGGAAUUGCAAAUGACACCAUUGACUUCGUCAAGAAGAUCCUGACCACUGAGCUCAACAGUGCUACAGACAAUCCGCUGGUGUUUGCUGAGAGAGGGAUUACUAUCUCUGGAGGAAACUUUCAUGGGGAAUAUCCAGCAAAGGCUAUGGAUUUCCUGGCUAUAGGGGUGCAUGAGUUGGCCAACAUCAGUGAGCGUCGCAUUGAGAGACUGUGCAACCCUUCCCUCAGUGAGCUGCCUGCAUUCCUGGUCAAAGAGGGCGGCAUCAACUCUGGCUUCAUGAUUGCACACUGUACCGCUGCAGCACUAGUUUCAGAGAAUAAGGUGCUGUGUCACCCCUCCUCUGUGGACUCUCUGUCCACCAGCGCAGGCACAGAGGACCAUGUCUCCAUGGGGGGGUGGGCAGCACGCAAGGCCCUCAGAGUAGUGCAGCACGUGGAGCAGGUGUUGGCCAUUGAGCUGCUGGCUGCCUGUCAGGCCCUGGAGUUCCGUCGCCCUCAGAAGACCACACCCCCCCUGGAGCAGGUGCACAAGUUGGUCCGGUCUGUAGUCAGGCCUUGGGACAAGGAUCGAGCCAUGAGCCCUGACAUUGAAGCUGCACACAAGCUCCUGUUGGAGGAAAAGGUGUGGGAGGCUGUGAGGCCAUAUGUGGAGAAGUACAGGCAGAUGGAACAGAAGACAGCUCUGUGAACACCCAUAAUCCUUUGCAUGUGGAUACUGACUUCCAAGGCCUCCGUGAUGACCAGUCAUGCCAGUCGGUGGCAGCCUUGUCCAGUUACCACGUUAAAGCAGCAAAGUAUUUAGUCAAAACCACCCUAGACCAUUCAUAUAUUUUGCACAACAUUAGGCGUGAAUCAUCUAAAGAUUUGUUGAAAAAUGUAAUCAAAAGAAUUUUAACAUCUGAAUUAUUUUCAAAAUUACGAGCCAAUUAAAUUGUACAGCAUGUUCUGUAUUGACUGUAUGGCAACUAUCUUGUGAUGUAAAUGUCCAAACUUUGUGAAACUUGGUAGACAUCAGGACUUUCCUUGGAAGUAUGCCAAAUUAUGUGCAGUUUUAUCAAUAGGGGGCGCUAUGACUGAACUCAAGAACUGCUCACGCCAAAAAGUCCAAACUUCAAACGUGCUUUAACGCUUUUACAUUUGUUAAUCCCCAGUGAUCACCGCUGCGACUAUAUCUAAUGGAUUAUUUUUAACAUUUUGACAACGGUAGCUAAAUGUGGUGAACAAAGUAGCUUAUUUCUUAUUUGCAAUUAGUGCAACUAUGCAAAACUGUGCUAUUAAAAUGUUACCGUUAA